AGCCGCAAAGUCGGGACUGUGUCAUGGCUCCACUGGAUGAGGUGAAUGUGAUUGAUGUUGCGCGCCACUUUUCUCCCAGCGAAAUUGGCAAGAGCUUGUCCAAGCUGUGGACAGCUCGUGGAUGCGAGCUCGAGACAGCCUUGAGUGAGACUGGUAUCAUGUACACAUGCCCUCUCACCUCAUGUGCUGUGAGAUGCCCAAUCCUUCUAGAUGAUGGAUGCAUCUACGAGGAGCAUGCGGCCAUGACAUGGCUGCGGUCUAUGGGGUCCCCGACGUGCAAGCGGGCACUGCGGCUCGGGCCGCUGGCAGAAGCUGUUGAGGCCUUUCUCCAGCACUGCAACGCAGCCGGCUAUCUUGUUUCUGAGCAAAUGGAACAGGCCAUGGGAGAGGCUGAGAUGCCAGGAACUCCGUGGCUACGGAAGAUUGAACUCUUGGAAGCCUCAAUGGAACAAGCUGAAAGAGAAGCUGAAUCCAUAAGGCAUCACUCCCUUGAAGCUCAGGCUUUGCUUGAGCGGUUGAAGAAGCAAACAGCGAUAAAAAAGGAACAGGCUGCCUUGUGUCUCCAGCGAUUCUUUCGUUCGAAGCAAUCGCAAGAUAAGCAGCGUUCUGAAGCUGCUCUUUGUCUGCAGAGAUGGUGGCGGACGAUGAGGAAAGGCACCAAAAAGCCAAAGAAGAGACGUGGCAAGGCACAAAAGAAAGGAGCUGUGAAGACACCUGAAGAGCCAAUACCAGCGGCUCCUCCUCCUCCGGAGCCCACCUUUGAACUCAAUAAACAGCAUCAACAGUAUGCCAGGAUAGAAGAGAAAGACAAGCGUGCGGUGCUGGAUUUCUUUCUUGACCAGCUCAUGUACGACAGUACCAAUUUUCGAAUCUUGAUAGUGACAAGCUCUGAUGAGCGUGCUCAGGGCCUCAGGAAAGUCUUACAAAUGUCAAAAGCUGUUCAAUAUCCCCUGGUGACAAUGCUGAAAGAAGACGACGAAUCACAUAGAUUCAAGGAGCUCCCUGAAUGUGCUGGAAUCAUCUCAGAAGGAAGAUUAAGGGGUAAUCCUGAUGUUUCUGCCGCAAACAUGAUGGUGAAUUUCGACAUGCCACGCAGCCUGGAAGACUACAUGCUUCGUAUACAACUGGUGGAUCCCUUUGUGAAGGUGAUGAGUUUGCCUGCAAGCCCAGAGGAAAUGGGAGUGAUUCGGCAGGUGGAAGACAGAUUUGGGGUUGUCUUCAGAAAUAUGGAGGGGGUUGCAAGAUUCAAGAUUCUGCAGAACAGAAAAGCGCUGAGGAACAAGCUCCAGGCUACAGGUAGUCAGCGACAGAAGAUGCUGUAACCUGAGUUGCGAUGUCAGAAGCGGUCGAGCGUUGCUCACUCUGCAAGAGCAGAGUCAAGAGAAGAACUCUUGUAACUCUUAUUUGUUGUUAACUCUUGUUUGUAUUUCCCCAGAUAGCUAGCAAGCUAUAGGGGUUCUU